CGCGCGGCGGCGGGGGUGGGGAACGAUUGGUGACCCUUGAACCGGAAGUGGUUGGCGGCGCGCGGGCUCUCGGCGGGACAGGCUGGCACUGUAGCCUCUUGCUGCAGGAUGGUGGGCGGUGGCGCGAAGCGUAGACUCCGCGGAGAGGGGCCGCAGUGUGAAAAACCGGUCGAUGUGAAGAAGAGUAAGUCCUAUGAAGCUGACGUGCCCAGUGACCUUCGGAAAGAGGUGGAAAGCCAUUACAGGCUUCCUCUGCCUGAAGAUUUCUACCACUUCUGGAGGUUCUGCGAAGGACUUGACCCUGAACAGCCAGCUGAUUCACUAUCUGCAAGCCUUGGACUUCGAUUAGUGGGUCCUUAUGAUAUCCUUGCCGGAAAACAUAAAAUAAAGAAAAAAUCAGCAAGCUUGAAUUUUAAUCUUCACUGGAGAUUUUACUAUGAUCCUCCUGAGUUCCAGACCAUUAUUAUUGGAGACAGUAAAACUCAAUUCCACAUGGGGUAUUUCAGGGAUUCUCCUGAUGAACUUCCUGUAUUUGUCGGUACAAACGAAGCAAAGAAAAAUUGUAUAAUUGUUCAAAGUGGAGAUAAUGUGUUUGCUGCAGUCAAAUUAUUUUUGAUGAAAAAACUUAAAGAAGUAACAGAUAAGAAGAAAACUAGUCUCUUGAAAACCAUAGAUGAGAAACUCACAGAAGCAGCUAGAGAACUGGGGUUCUCCCUGGAGCAGAGAACUGUGAGGAUGAAGCAGAGAGACAAGAAAGUGGUGACAAAGACCUUUCAUGGGGCAGGCUUGGUUGUCCCAGUGGAUAAAAAUGAUGUUGGAUACAGAGAGCUCCCUGAAACGGACGCCAGCCUCAGGAGAAUCUGCGGGACAAUUGUGGAGGCCCCGAGCGACGCCGACAGACUGCAGGCCUUUGCCCCCGUCCAGGAGAUGAUGACCUACGUGCAGUUUGCUAACGAUGAGUGCGACUAUGGGAUGGGGCUGGAGCUGGGGCUGGACCUCUUCUGCCAUGGCUCCCACUAUUUUCAUAAAGUUGCUGGCCAGCUUUUACCUCUGGCAUAUAAUCUGCUGAAGAGGAAUCUCUUUGCGGAAAUUAUUGAAGCUCAUCUAGCAAACAGGAGCCAAGAGGACGUGGACCAGCUUGCAGUAUGAGGGGGGCUGCCUCUCUGGUGUACAGGAUUGCAGAGCUUUAGUGUGAAACAUGUUCUUCUGUUUUUAAGGACUACAGGAAAUAAAUGGAUGGCAACUUUUCUAAA